CUGACACCUCAACAAAGAAAAUCUAUCGGUGAACUAGACGUAUUUCAAAUUCCUGGUAAAAGAACACGUUCCGUGCCAAUUUUGCUAACAAAAAUGAUGCGAGAAAACAUCUAUUUGAUAAUAGCUUGUCGUGAAGAUCUGAACAUUCCGAGCUCUAAUCGAUAUUUAUUUGCGAGAGCUAACACGGAAGAACCUUUUGAUGGUGGCAAAUGUCUCGAAAAGAUCAAAAAGUAUUGCAAUUUGAAAAGACCUGAAAUGCUGACUUCUACUGGCAUGAGACAUCACAUAGCAACCAUGUCACAGGUACAUUCGAAACAAAAUGAUCAGUAUACAGAGCAUCUGGCAGGGUUUUUAGGACAUGAUUUGACGGUUCACGCAAAAAAUUACAGAUUGCCUAUGCAGGUCUUACAAAAAGCGGUUGUUGGGACACAAUUGAUAGAGUAUGAAAAUACAAUUAGAUCACAAAAUAAGAUAAAGACGGUUACUUCACAGUCAGAAAUUAUCAUACGAAACCAAGAAAAUGAAAAUCCGAUUGCGGAGUUUGAAAACACACAUACAUCACAAACAAAUCAAAAUAAUAUAGAAAUAAUUACUUCUCAACACCAAAACAAGGACAGUCCUGACAGCUGUUUUAAUAAAAAGGAACUAACAUUAGAUACAACCAAAAAUCUCAACAGAGGCAACAAAGAUCUCAUAUUCAUAAGUAAUGCUAUAGUUGAAAACAUCGAAAAGGAUAAUAAAGAUACUGAAUUUUCCAAAAAAUCGACAAAGUUUGUGAAACGAAUUCAAGUGCAAGUAUCUACUCAAUCCAGCUCAUUCUCGGACAGUGACGAAAAUAUUGAAGCUAACAGAGAUGAUAAUUUAGAGAAACCUAAAAUAUUUCAAAAAACACGACCUACCAAAGUUUCCACAAUAACUGAAAGUGAGAAAAAAGGCAAAAUUAAGAAAGGGAAGAAUAAUACAGAUGGAAGUGACAAUAAAAUAAAAGGAAAACUAAUGAAAAAGAAGUCUAAUGUAGAUGAAAGUGACGAUGAGAUAAAAGCUAACUCUGAAAAAAAAAGAAUAAAGAAACAUCCUGUAAAAGUGUCCAGUUCAAGUGAAACUGAAAGUGAAGAUGAGAGAAUACAUAGACGAAAAGUCACACAUAGAAAAUGGACCGACGAAGAAAUAAAAGCAGUCAAGAAACACCUACAUUCCUAUAUACAGAAAAAAAUAAACCCAGGCAAAGCAAAAUGUAUGGCAGUUUUAAAAAAAGAACUUGUUCUUCAAAACAGAACGUGGAUGCAACUUAACACCUACGUCAAUAAUAUUUAUAAAAAGAAGUAA